CUGAACGUAAAUUGGCUGUUUUUAGUGGCGAGCUGUAAGCACGAAGUGCCGUGCGGCUAUGGGCGAUAUACAGUGGCAGGCAGCAAUGAACGAACCGUCGACGUCCCAACCGCAGGGACCGCGGUUAACCGAAAAUGAUCAACUGUUCGACGAAUUGCUGGAAAACAUUGUGUAUGUAGGUAACCUGCCGAAAAACAUCAUGCUGACCGACCUGAUCGAACUGUUCAAGUAUGCCGGCCGGAUCGAGCGCGUCGCCUGGUACGGUGAGCAUCGCACGGACAUCAACACGAAGGUUGCAUUCGUACGCUUCCGGCAUUCGCGGCACGCGAAGGAAGCGGCCAAAUGGGACAGGAUACGUUACCACGAUUCGAUCCUGAUCGUGAUGCAGAUAUUCAAGGACCAGUGGUUCGACAUGAGCGUAUCGAUAAUGGUGCGAAAUAUACGAGACGACACAACCGACUGGCAGCUGUAUGAAGCGUUCCGACGAUUUGGCAAAAUAUACGGUAUACUCAUACCGACGCACGGUACCGCGUACGUGGGCUUCUAUUACGAGGCAGAAACACAAUGCGCCCUGGAGAUGAACAACAACAUGUUCAACGGGAACAGAAUGCGGGUGGAAAUGUUACGACGAAAUCUGCCCCUGCAACAGAUCGACAUAUUCGACAUGUCCCGGAACGAGGUGCGACUGCUGCGUGACAUGUUGCUCGAGGUGGACGAAAAGCUGGAACAGUUCUACUCGGCGUACGAUGAAGCGUUCAACUACUCCUCAAAAGAUUACCGCCGGUGGAAGCGAAAACGGCGUCGCGUUACUCCGCUGCUGAGCGAUUCCAGUUCGUCGUCGGAGAGCAGCUCGUCCAGCGUGUCGGAAAUGUCGAACCGGAGUGCGAACGAGGUGCGGCGCAUAACGUGCGGCUCGAACGAAGAGAACCGCUGCCUCGGCAUCUUCGGCAUGAACCCGGACACGACGGAAAAAACGCUAAUGAAGCUGUUUUCCCGGUACGGGCACGUCAAAGACAUCAAGCUGAUAUACGACGGCAAAACGAAUGUGUCCCGCGGGUACUCGUUCAUCUAUUUUAAGCAUGCCAGCGAUUCCCGUCGAGCGCAACGGAAACUCAACGGUACGAUGCUCGAAGGACGUAAGGUGCGGGUUGAUUUCAGUCGCAGCAAACCGCACGAACCGCGGGCCGAUCGACGCAAACGGGUGUCACCGACUGCUACUGCUGCGGCCGCCGCUUCGACCAGUGCCGAUCGUUGCUGCCAUCGCCGGCACGGCACCACUCAUCAUAAGAAGCGCAAAAAGCGACGCGUUUGCUACUCCUCGUCGGAUUCGGAGUAGUGCCUGUGACGCGUAGACUAAACUGGGCGCUAUCGAACGGACUGAAUCGAUGUACAUAGUUGGACUGGUGGACUGGACUUCCUUGUCCUUACUGAAUAUUUGCAGAGCAGAAAGACGAGAUUCUCAAACUGUGCUCAACCUAUUCCAGCUUGAUUCUGAUUAGUGUCCCCGAAGGAUUUACACGAAAUGGCGGCCACCACCAUUUUUCUUACCCUUAAGUUGAACAUUUUCUUUUCUUACAUUUUUAGGACGUGAAGUCACCCUGAAGUUAUCAAACAUACCAUUUUUGAGAUUGGGGAAACUUUGCACUAUCAAAUUCUACAACGCUCGCGCAUUUCAUGAUCAAAUUCAUCAUUUCUUUCAACAAAUUUCUCAAGAUGCCGGUAACAAAUAUGAACGAGCUUCAAACAAACGAUCGUCCGGUCAGUUGCAAAAUACUUUCAACUUCACAGUCAAACGCACAGACUGGCAGAACAGAACAGCUUCUAUCAAGAACACUCGAGCAGUGGCCCGCAACAACACUCGUCUGUCCAUAUAUAACCGUACAUAAUAUUCUUUUCUUUUUUAUUCGUUGUUUGUCAUUUAGUUGAAACAUUGAAAGUACAUUUAUUUGUUUGGAUCGUUUGUGUAGCAUCUUACCCCAUUACGAUGAAUUUUUACUCCCCGCUUUGGCUCUUGACCAGUUUAAUUAUCAGAACUUUAAAAGAACUCGUAAAUGAGAAGGAAUGAACUCUGCAUUACUCACCGUUAUAUAUCGUUCAGUUAUGGUAUUGGGAAAGCGGAAGCAAAACAGGACAGCUUUAUGUAUGUAUAUAGAAUAUAUAUAUACAAUGUGUGCGAAAAUCCGCGAUACUAAUGAAAGGAAAGGUUUAGAAGAACGUUGGAAUUUACGAUUCGAUGAGAUGUCACGUUUUGGUGCAAGUGUGUACACGCGUUCCGCGGCGUAGAGGAAAAUUAGCUUACAGGAGGAUCACAACCUUUUGUGAUGGAUUCGUGAUGAAAAAAACAACAGCCCCAAAACAUUACGCGCUAACAUAGACUGGUGGGGAAUGUUUUCUUUAUCACUGUAAAUGAUAGGAGCGAUGGAAAUAGAUAGCAAGGAGAAAUUUAUAAACAAAACAAACGAAGGAGAGGUCGAAAACCCAUAAACUCUGUGCGGGGGGAAAGCAUAUCCUUCGGAGAGUUUUUAGGGAUAGUAGUAGACCGGAUAGAUGAAAUGCUUGCGAAAGAGCAUUUGUUAUGUACAUUAGGUUUGUUGGAAGCCCUGCGCGAAUGGUCGUGUAUCAUUUAUUAGUUUUGUUUGUGAUCGCCAAAAAAUGUUGAAGUCCUUUUUCUCCUUUUUUUACUACAUAAUUAACGGUAGCAGGAUGUAGUUUUAGACGUAGAACGGAUCACGAUCAACACAAGCUUGGAACAGUUGAGGGACUGCCAAAGUAAAAUCACGAGUAACACAGCACACAUGAUAGUGAUGAAUCAAGCGAAACCUCAUUGGCGAUCGAUCGAUGAAGUGGCGGAACGUAAAACAUAAAAAAACAAUGAAUAAUAACUGCUGCGUUUCGCUGUGUGCAACAAAAAAGAGCGUAUGUUUUGUUGGAUAUCGUCAGUCAACAGUCGUUCACUCCCGCCCGGUCAGUCAAAUUCUAAUACUGACCCUCCAACCAACACACCCAAACAAUUCAGCAUCAACAAUAUUGUUCCUCUUCAAUUCAACUAUCUGUUUCACCGAUCGAGUCCUGCUGGGAGCUCACAACCACGCGCUCAAACUGCAUGGUGUGGGACGGUUCCGGUACCGUAUGCCGGGUGGUAUUCGGUCCCAUUGACCGUGCCGGUAGUGGCAGCCGCAGCGGCAACAGCGGCCGCAGCCACGGCGGCCCUUUGCAGCGAAGGGUGAUGGUGCAUGUGAGCCGUUGCCCCGGCUGCUGCAGACGCCGGUGUCGCCGACGAUCCAUGCAGGCUGUGAUGUUGCUGUUGGUGAUGAAGAUGCGCAUGAUGGUGCGAUGGUUGUUGCUGUUGCUGCUGCUGCUGCUGCUGCUGAUGUUGUGAUGAAUGGUUGUUGUGUUGCUGCUGCGAAUGGUUAUGAUGAUGAUGAUGAUGGUGGUGGUGUUGGUGGUGAUGCGGUGUAUGGUGUGCGGUCGCGGCCAACACACUCGGAUACAGCUCGGGCGAACGGCCAUCGUGCGUGGGUGUCCCGGUGAGCAACUCCGACAUGAAGCCAAUGUAGGUGAUCGCUAGACGCAGUGUUUCGAUGCGUGACAAUCGCUUUUCGUAUGCAAAUGUCGGCACCUUGCGGCGCAGCUUGUCGAAGGCUUCGUUCAGGUUGAACAUACGACGCCGCUCGCGUAUGUUGGCUGCCCGGCGCUGUGCCAUCGAAGCUACCCGGCGGCGGGUUUUCUUGUUCGACCCACUGGACGGUGCUGGCUGUGCUCCGCGCGGUGAGAGCCGUUGACUGACGAAGCUACCAACCUGCUGCCGGGGCCAGAUAGCUAGCGCGGAAUAGACAGAAGGAAAGAAAUGUAACAUCCGAAACUCAAGACUACACCACCAUGCAGCCUUUCCUUCAAAUUCCCUAUCAAGUUUCAACCCACGGUACGAUAAAACGAUCCUCAAUACCAAGAUCAGCAUCAAACAGCGAUCCACACAUGUUUUCUUUGUUGCUAAAUUGCAUCAUCUCCAACCGUCCCACGAAUGGUACAACGUUCAAACAGAGCAACCAGUUUGCGCAUCAUCCGCGCAGAGGAUCCUGACGAAAGUCGGCGUUAGUGUACAAUGAAUAUCAACAUGUAUGUAUCCAUGUAUGAAAAUACUGUUUCUAAAUGACCAUUAAACAAUGUAUAGAAAUACGA